AUGCAUGAAUUUUCUACGGUCGACGGUUUUAUGGAGAUAAGUGAAUGCAUGGCGGAUAUGAUCAAGCAUGUCGCUAAUGAACCAUCCGUGGGGCUUUACUUUAUCCAACAACAUGCUCAAAAUGCAGUGCCUAAUGUUGUCAAAACUGACAAAAAUAUCGUUGAAAAAGUUCACGAAACAGCUUUGCACACUGAAGACCUGGAGGAUUCUAUUACAGCGGUUCGAUCAAUGAAAGAGUGUGGAUUUUCCAUAAUUGAUGAAAUGAUGGGAGACAUAAACAAAUCUCUUGAAAUUAUGAAAACCAAAAAACCAAAAAAAGGGUUAAUCCAUUCAUCAACCUCAACACCAAGGUCUCAGACUGAAAGAACUAAUUUCUGGGGUAAUCGUUCAUUUUCCACUCUGGAAGGUGAUGAUAAAAAGAUUAACUAUUUUUCGAAUGUCUUAAAGACGGCGAAAGAGAAGGUUAGCAAUCUCAAGUGGCAACAGACUGACGAUAAAGGACCAAUACAUUCUAACGAAGAGAAGUUACAAUUUCCUGAUUUGCCGUUAUCGAUCACAUCAGACGGUAUAUCUUCAUCUUUACAGGCUGCUGAACCUGAUGAAUUGCCUGUAUCGAGCCAGGUUGAAGAGGAGUCUCAACACUUACAGACUGAUGAUAGCGAGAUUAGCAUUAAGUUGUUGUCAUUAUCAGAAAGGUUUGACGACUUCAAAGCUAAUAAAGAAGCUAAACUAGAAGAGUGGCUUGAAGGAACCAGCAACCAUGAUGACUAUUGCGAUACCGAUGACGAAAAAAGAGUUGUCGAGAAUGGCAAGAAGAAAAAAGUCGGAGACAGUGACUUCUAA